GUCGAGGGGGCGUCCGACCACCUGCAGGCAGCCUACCAGGCGAUGCUGCAGGACGUGGGGUUCUCGGUCGGGGCUGCCGACGUGAAGGGUGCCUUCCACCGCAUGCGGCUGCCGCCCUGGAUGAAGCGGCUCCUCGGUCUUCCCGCGCUGAAGGCAGGGGAUGCUGGUCUGCAGGGUACCGUGCUGGACGGCCGCGUGUUGAGCUACGACGAUGUGGUCUACCCAAUUCCUGAGGCGCAGCCGAUGGGUUGUACGUGGGGCCUGUGCCUCUGCCAGAGCGUGGGGCGCUGCGUCUACGUGGACAACAUGGGCGUGAUGGGCCAGAAUGGAGAGCUCGUCAGCCGCAGUCUGGACCAGCUGAUCCAGGCGUUAGGGCUCGAGGUCCAUGGACGAGAGGUCCAGAGUGACGGCGUCGAGGUAUUGGGGGUGGUACUUGACGGCAAGGGCAACCAGACUCGGCCCUCGAUGAAGAGGCUCUGGGGAGUGAGGCAGGGGAUCGCUGGCCUUCUGCAGCUUCGAGAGGUGCGAGGAGAUGACCUGCGAGUGCUGUUGGGCCAGUGUGCCUACAUAGGGCUCGUCCGCAGGCGAGCGCCCGGGCGAGCCAAGAAGAGCGCCGAGAACAGCGCCCAGGAAAGCGCCAUCAAGAGUGCCCAGAAUAUGGCCCAGGUGAAGGAGGGCGUUGUCCUCCGCGUAGACGAGGGGGAUAAGCAGCCGACCGAAGGCACGGUGCGGGGGGGCUACAGGGUGGACCCCGGUUUCACAGAGGUGCCCUCCAGGCGCGUCACUGGAAAGCGGGCGCAGUCAGCAGGGCCGAGCUCGAACGGCACUACCAGCGAGUCCGAGGGCGCCAACGCCGCCAAGCGACAGCGGACGCUGUCGAGCAGGGUGAAGCGCCGCCAUGCGGCCGUAGCUCGGGCCAUAGGCGACGGGGUGCCGAUCGAUCGCUACCUCGAGGCCAGCGCGGUGACGCCGCGGGUGAGGGCCCAAUGCCAGCGAGUGCUGGAGCAGCUGAAGGACCGCUGUGGCCGCCAGGACUUCUUCGAGAUGCCGACAGAGACGAUCGAUGCUUGUCUGGUCCACUAUUUCAUUUCUUUGUGCCUGAUGGGCGAGCAAGCGUCCACGGGCAUGUACGUGGCGGUGGCUGUGAACCACUUCUACCCGAAGUAUGGCCGCUUGGGAGCCAGCUCCCUGCCUCGCGUGUGGAAGGCGCUCAAGGGCUGGAAACGGCUGACACCUGGCCGUUCACGCAUGCCCGAGCCGCUGAUUAUCUGGUGUGCGCUCAUGCAUGGCUUGGUUUUGCAGGGGCAGCGUAUGAUGGCCGUAUUUCUGGCGUUGGCGUUGUCGACAUAUCUCAGGCCAUCCUCCCUGUUCAAACUGCGCCCUGGGGACAUCGUGAAGCCGUGUGCUGGCAGUCCUCGCUGGGGCCUGCUGAUGCACCCGCAGGAGCGGCUAGCACCCGACAAGACGGGAGAGUUCGACCUGAGUGUGGGGCUGGAUUCAAGGUGGCUGCUGUGGCUGGGACCGCUCCUCGAGAGCAUGCAGGAGCUCGACCCUCGGCGAUCAGUGUGGGACUUCGACUACCCGAUGCUGCUGCGGAGUGUGCGCCAGACCUGCGACAGCCUUCAGCUGCGACGGAUCACGCAGUGCCAGGCGAGACACUCGGGGGCGAGCAUCGACCGAGCCAGUGGAGAGAGAUCCCAGGCCGAGGUGCAACGCCGUGGGGGCUGGCGCCAGCUCAAGAACAUGGCGCGGCACGAGAAGAGCGCGCGGCUGGGCCAGCAGACGCAGUCUCACAGCGCGGUAUUGCUAGCGUACGGGGAGCACUGCCUUCGCGAGCUGGAGCCCGCCUUGCUGUGGGGCCGCGCGGUGCCUCGGCCAGGCGGCAUCCCGCGUUGGGCGAAG